ACUCUCAUUCAGUUCCAAAUCGUGGGCAAAGGGAAGAGCUACAACAUGGGAAGAUCAACGCUCUGUUUUCUGAUUUCAUUUGCCCUGCUGGCUUACUACCUCUACACGCCCCUUCCUGACAAUACUGAAGAAACUUGGAAACUGAUAGUCAUUCAUAAUGGUUUUAAGACUAUGCAGUAUCUGGCUACAUUAACUGAAAUACUGGGGCUUGCCCAUUAUAUGGAUGUUAUUAAUGCAGUCACAAACCAAGGAAACGUGGGCCCGAUAUCAGAUGAAAAUAUCACUGUGACAGAUACGACAUUUAAUGGCAUUCCAGUUCGUUUAUACAUGCCAAAAAGGAAAUCUGAUACCCUGAAAAGGGGAGUGUUCUUCAUUCAUGGUGGUGGUUGGUGUAUAGGAGAUAAAGCCAUGAAGAACUAUGAUUUGAUCUCAAGACGGACAGCGAACCAGCUUGAUGCUGUGGUUGUAUCAACCAAUUAUAGGCUAGCACCUAAAUAUCAUUUUCCAGUUCAAUUUGAAGACGUUUAUACUGCUGUGAGAUGGUUUUUACGAGGUCAAAUUCUUGAAAAGUAUGGAGUGGAUCCAAGCCGGAUUUGCAUUUCCGGAGACAGUGCCGGAGGGAAUUUAGCUGCUGCUGUGAACCAGCAGCUGCUAGACGACCCAGAUGUCAAGAUUAAAAUCAAGAUACAGUCUUUAUUUUACCCCGUGCUUCAGUCCCUUGAUAUGGAUUUACCAUCCUACCGGGAAAAUGAACACAUGCCUAUUCUGAAAAAAUCAUUCAUGGUCAGACUAUGGAGUGAAUACUUUACCACAGACAGAGCCCUAGAAGAAGCGAUGAGAUCCAAUCGGCACGUACCCGUGGAUUCAAGUCAUCUGUUCAAGUUCGUGAAUUGGAGUGCUUUGCUUCCGGAGAAGUUUAAGAAAGGUCACAUUUACAAUAGCCCGAUUCCAGGAACUCCUGAUUUAGCCAAGAAAUACCCAGGAUAUCUAGAUGUGAGAGCAUCCCCGCUCUUGGCUGCCGACGCAAAGUUACGCCGCCUACCCCUCACUUACAUCAUGACCUGUCAGCAUGAUGUCUUAAGGGACGACGGCCUCAUGUACGUCUCUCGACUCAGACAAGCGGGGGUCCAAGUGGUGCAUGAGCACAUUGAAAACGGAUUCCAUGGAAUUCUGUCUUUCAUCAGUUUUCCAACUGAUUUAAAUGUAGGCCACCGAGUAGGAAAUGAAUACAACUCUUGGCUGAAGGAGAAUUUAUAGGACAAGCUCUGAUUGGGUCAGGCCAGUGAUCCAACCAGCCCAGGAUUCUGCAGCUGGCAGUGGCAACAGAACACUUGGAAGAACCUUAUAAUAUUCAUUCUUAAAAUUUGGAUACCCUCUUGUUACCCAAGAAGCGUUAUCUACCAUUAUUUACCUCUUUUCAAGCUUUACAACAUCUCUAACAUUUUCUCUGUCAUCCUUAACCCUCCCUCCAACGACUCGUUAUGGACAUGUGGGCCACAAAUUUUACCCGAAUCUUUUUUUGAACAUAUUGAUAUUAGUUUUUUGUUUUUUCAAUGUCAUUUGCCCAGUGCCAUUUUACAUUUUCCAGACUGUGAGCUCCUUUUAGGCAGGGAAGGUGUCUACCGACUCCGGUGUAUUGUACUUUCCCAAGCACUUAGUAUACUGCUUCACACACAGUAAGCACUCAAGUAAAUGCCAUUGAUUGAUAUGCAGAUUGAUUGAUUUUGCCUGCACAAUUUCUUGGAGUAAUAAAAUCUCCUGUCUUUUUGAGCCAAUGAA